CUUCAGCUGUCAGAGGACCGCUGAAGUUCGCAGUUGGACUAGCUGUGCCUGCGACAGAAAGUUAAAGUGAAAGAAACACGGGCCUUUAACACUCAGGGGCAGUGGUGUAACUUGCGUAGCUUCUCGAGAGAAUUAAAGAUGUUUUCCUUGUCGAUGACAGUUCAACCACAGGUGACUGUACCUCUCAGCCACCUCAUCAACGUCCUCCACUCUCUGAAGAGCUCAGUGGGAAGCAGCAGCAGUGCCAGCAGCAUGUCUAGAAAGCACACAGAGCAUGCCUCAGACUCAGAACUACAAUGCACGGAGUCCAUGUGGAACCUGCGGGAGCUUGGAUUAUCAGACCUGGGAACACAGCAGCUGGAUGAGCUUGUGAACUGUGUGUUACCACGCCUGAGCACACAGGAGGCGCCACUUCCACUGGGCGGUCAGACGGCCUGGAGGACCUCUCACCUUUCUGCACACUCCUUUUUCUACAACAAGCAUGGGUUCUCUUGUGGUCCCAUGCCAAUGUCAGGCCAAGUUUUUCCCAGGCAGCAACCAUCACCUCUUCAGUCGGUGUACACAGAGUUACAACACUGGCCUGUGUUGGUCCAGAGCAGAGGCUUCAAAACUUUAAGGAACAAAACCAGACGACUGCAAUCAGGCUUCGACCGCCCAGUGGAAUCUGAGGGGUUCACACCAUCUUUUAUGAAAGGUUUCCUUUCACGUGACAAGGGGGUUGAAGUAGAAAGUCUAGACAGCCUGUUGAAGAACAAGAACAUACCUGAUGGACAACAGGAUGCUUUCAAAAGGGGCUUCGCUGAAGGUUUCCUGAAAGCUCAAGCCUUGACACAACGCACACAAGACUCUCUCAGGAGGACUCGUCUCAUCCUGCUGGUGCUGCUUCUUGUGGGGCUCUAUGGCAUCUCCAAAACCCCCUUCCUAUCGGUGCGGUUCCGAACCACAUCAGGCCUGGAUUCGGCAGUAGAUCCUGUCCAGAUGAAAAACGUGACAUUUGAGCACGUCAAAGGAGUAGAAGAAGCUAAGAACGAGCUGCAGGACGUGGUGGAGUUCCUGAAAAACCCACAGAAGUUCACAGCACUGGGAGGAAAACUGCCAAAAGGUGUUCUCCUGGUCGGUCCUCCUGGGACUGGUAAGACCCUGCUGGCCAGAGCGGUGGCCGGAGAGGCAGAUGUGCCGUUCUACUACGCCUCUGGGUCAGAGUUUGAUGAGAUGUUUGUUGGAGUGGGAGCCAGUCGCAUCAGGAACCUUUUCCGGGAAGGUAAAGCCAAUGCUCCCUGUGUGAUCUUCAUUGAUGAGCUGGACAGUGUGGGUGGGAAAAGGAUCGAGUCUCCCAUGCACCCUUACUCCAGACAGACUAUCAACCAGCUGCUUGCUGAGAUGGACGGGUUUAAACCAAAUGAAGGUGUGAUCAUCAUUGGAGCAACAAACUUCCCAGAGGCUUUGGAUAAUGCCCUGAUCCGCCCCGGACGAUUUGACAUGCAGGUGACUGUCCCCAAACCAGACGUGAAAGGACGCACAGAGAUCCUCAACUGGUACCUGAAGAAGAUUAAAAUGGAUCCAGCUAUUGAGGCCAGUAUUAUUGCUCGAGGCACAGUGGGCUUCUCCGGCGCUGACCUAGAAAAUCUGGUCAAUCAGGCCGCCCUGAAGGCAGCAGUUGAUGGCAAAGACAUGGUCACUUUGAAGGAGUUGGAGUUUGCAAAAGACAAAAUCCUCAUGGGCCCUGAGAGGAGGAGUGCAGAAAUAGACAAGAAGAACAAGCUCAUCACAGCGUACCACGAAUCAGGCCACGCAAUUGUAGCCUACUACACCAAAGACGCCAUGCCAAUCAACAAGGCUACCAUCAUGCCCAGGGGCCCAAGUCUGGGACAUGUGUCCAUGCUCCCAGAGAACGAUCGCUGGAGUGAGACUCGCUCUCAGUUACUGGCCCAGAUGGACGUUAGUAUGGGCGGCCGUGUGGCAGAGGAGAUUAUAUUUGGCCACGAGUACAUCACAACCGGAGCAUCAAGCGACUUUGACAGUGCGACCAAGAUCGCUAAGAUGAUGGUGACCAGAUUUGGAAUGUGUGAGAAGCUGGGUGUGAUGACCUAUACGGACAUGACAGCACAGAGCCCAGAGACACAAGCUGCUGUGGAGCAUGAAGUCAGGCUGUUACUGAAGGAGUCUUAUGAGCGUGCCAAAGUCCUGCUGAAGUCUCACGCCAAGGAGCACAAGAACCUGGCAGACGCUCUGCUCAUGUAUGAAACACUGGAUGCCAAAGAGAUCCAGCUGGUCUUGGAGGGAAAGAACCUGGAGACGAGAUGAAACCACAAAGGACGGCAACAAUCUCGGGGGAAGCAACGGAGAAGGGGGCAGAUUUUAAGAGCUCAGGCAUUAGGGAAGGAGGAUUGGACUCAGGUGUUGAGCAGUGAAUCAGAGGAGUAAAUUGACAAGUGCUCAUGUGGGACGAUGUCAUAUCUUCAUGCUGUCACCUUCAUGGAAUCUCAUCAAUAUUCCCAGACAAGUAGCUUUGUUAUUUGAAACUUAAACAUGACUUUCCUGUGUUCAGAGAUAAGCAGAUGUGUGGUGCCCUAAGUCCAUUAUAAGUGGCGAAGGUUGAAAGGUUAAGUGUUUAAUGGAUUUAGUGGAAGGAUGUUACUCAGAGCACUUUAUCAGCCGGUGUUAGGAGAUGAUACCUGAAUGUACAUAUACACAUCAAGUGUAAAAACAGCAUCUGGAUAACAAUCCUUUUGUAAAAUUUGGUCAAAUUCUGUUUAGCCAGCUCCGUGUAGAUUCCUGUUCUGUCAGUGGGAAAUGCUGAGCAGUAUAUAUACCAUUUACCCAAAGAGUCACUGCGUAAUCAUGGCAACCAGAAUUUAACUUAAUCUGAGCUCAUUUUUGUCAGUGUUUGUGCUCAUAUCUGUUAUUUGUGAAGUAUAUCUUCAAUGUCAGGCUGCACUCGCUACUUCAGCUUGUGUUAUUCUCAAGUUAGCACGUAGAAGUCUUUCCAUGGGAUCCUUGGUGUCUGGGAUGUUUGAACAGAUUAUACACAGAUCUACCUUCUCUGCUGAUGUCCCUGUCGCUUGUUUUUAAAGGAGGCCUUCUGGGGAAUGUACUUUAAGUGUAUAUUUUCUUUCCUUUGAAGUAGGAGGUGUAAAAAUUGAAACUAAAACACGUCAGCACUUUGGAUGAGUGAACAAAUUUAAAAUGCACUUAUGCACUCUUCAUGUAAUUUAUUUCAUUCAUGCUGUGUGUGUAGAGAUUGAACAAAACCUGCUGCUCAGCCUCAAAUAGCAUGCAAGAAAUACAAGCUGCAUUUAUGUCGUGAUAGAGCAUUUGGAUCUUGGAUUUUAAUUUGAAAGUAUUGUUGGCCUAAUUUCACAUGUUCUGAGCUGGGCUUCUGAAAAGCCUCUCUGCAAAUAUAUCAGUUUUUCUUGUAAAUGAGUGAAUUUGACCAUUUCUUUCAGUUAUUUUCCAUUGCUGUCUGGGAAGGAAGAUGUGAGACAGACAGAAAGAAAGUUUAAGCUCUAACAGUUCACAGAGUGUAAUUGUAAAGAGGCAUCCUUGAUUCUGAAUAUGACAUUUCUUCAACACAGUUUGUUGGUAGAAACUUGCAGUUAUUUGUCUGUUAAUGUUGAAUGUCUUCAUCUUCAACUGAACAGUGUAUGUAAUUCUUACUCUAGCAUUUCAGAACAGACCACCAGCAUACGUUAUAUCAUAGUGUUACCCUCUUGGGUUUUUUUCCUUCACUUUGACACUAUUUGCUCUGUUCAUUGGCCUUUUACCCAUGUUAAGCUGUAUAUACGACUGGGGUGUGAUGGGAACAUUGUAUAUAGAUGUAUAGUAUUGCUUUUAUGCUGAAUUUGCUCUCUGCUGUUGACUGACAAAAAAUCUUUCAACGAUGUGAUGGCAGUGCUUAAUGAAUGUUAGUGCAGCUGAAAUCAAUAAAAAGAAGCCCAAAGAAAAACUUG